AUGGCUGCUGGUGUGGAAGCUGAAUUGUGGCUGGGCUCUGGGCUAGAGCCGGUGCUGUAUGCAGGAGGUGGAGCACUGGCUGCCGGGUUUGACACUGCCAGUGGAGAAUACUGUGGUCUGCUUGGCGGCCCUGAUCUGUGGGGGUGUUUGGGAGACAACGGAGCCAGCGUCCCACAACUCAGACGCCAGAAGAGAGACUGGGUUGUCCCAACGAAGAAGCUUUUUGAGAAUUAUGUCUAUCCUCCAGACCAGCAUGUUGCCAGGAUCAGGUCCGACUGGGAUUCAGAGCAGAACCUGCACUACACUCUGCUGGGUCCCGGGGCCAGUAAAGAACCAGUUAACCUGUUUGUUGUGGAUGAAUUUUCUGGACUUGUGUACGUCCGAGGAACACUGGACCGAGAGGAGAGAGAAACCUACAUUCUGACAGGUGUGGCCACAUUUAGUAACGGCAGUACGGCCGAAAACAGAAUAGACCUGAGAUUCGACGUGGAAGACGACAAUGAUAAUCCACCUGUUUUUGUCCCCGUACCUCCAGCUACAGUCCAAGAGUCCAGUCCACCAGGGACUCUGGUUGGUAGGAUUACAGCUACAGAUGCAGACAAGGCCAACUGUUCCCAUUCAAAGAUCGCCUACAGCCUUGUGAAGCAGGAGCCCUCUGAUGGCCGAAACGUCUUCUACAUAGACAGAGAAACUGGAUCCAUCUACGUCAAAGAAAACACCUUAGACAGAGAGACGCAAAGCUCCUACACUUUAACAGUUGAAGGAACUGAUAUGGAUGGAGCUCCUGGAGGCAACACAGGCACUGGGACAAUUCCUGUCAAAGUAGUGGACAUCAAUGAUAAUGUACCCGAGCUGGAAAAAGAUGAGUACGCAGGCAGCAUUAUGGAGAACACAGCCCAAGUGGAGGUCAUGAGGUUCAAAGUGCUGGAUGAUGAUGAAGAGAAAAGUGACAACUGGCUGGCUGUUUUUGAUAUUGUCACUGGAAAUGAAGAUGGAAUAUUCAGCAUAGAGACUGAUCCCAAAACCAACGAAGGUGUUCUGAUGCUUGAAAAGCCUGUUGAUUUUGAGGAAAAUCCUGAUAUAAAGCUCGGAGUGGUAGUAUCCAAUGUUGCCCCAGCUAUAGGAGAUGGAGACGAUGGUCAAGGAGGAGGUGGAGGAGGAGGA